GUGUUAGUUUGAAGGAUGGUGAGAAUGUGGUUAGCAGUAGCAGUGGUGUUACUGAUUGCAGGAAGCUUUGUGGAGGGAAAACCUCAUCGGAUUCUGGUGGAUACAGAUGUAGACACCGAUGAUUUAUUUGCUCUUCUCUACCUUAUGAAACUCAACACAUCACAGUUUAAACUGGAGGGCAUCACCAUCAGCGCAAAUGCUUGGACGAAUGCUGGACAUGCUGUUAAUCAAAUUUACGAUCUGCUUUACAUGAUGGGACGAGAUGAUGUUGCAGUUGGAGUUGGCGGUGAGGGCGGAAUACUAACAGAUGGUACCAUACUCCCCAACGUUGGUGGAUAUCUUCCAAUCAUAGAACAGGGAAUGACAACGGUGGGAGAUUGCAGGUACAGGCGCGCCAUUCCUAUUGGUCUUGGAGGGCGUUUGGACAUUGAUGCCAAUCAUGGUAUCAGGAAAGCUUUCCUACCACAGGGAAGAAGGAAAUACAGUCCAAUGCAUCAAGCAAGCGCACAGGAAGUGUUGAUUGAGAAAAUAUCUUCUGGUCCCAUUACAGUGCUUGUGAUCGGAGUACACACGAACAUUGGAAUCUUCCUAAUGAAUAACCCAAAGCUGAAAAAGAACGUGGAGCGUAUCUAUAUAAUGGGUGGGGGCGUAAGGUCAAGCAGUCCAACAGGUUGUUGCCCUAAGAAUGCUUCGUCUUCCUGCGUGCCUCGCCAGUGCGGUGAUCGGGGGAACAUGUUCACUGAUAACCCUUUUGCAGAAUUCAAUAUAUUUGGAGAUCCUUUUGCAGCAUACCAGGUGAUUCAUUCUGGAAUUCCUGUCACUCUUGUUCCUCUGGAUGCAACAAACACAAUCCCUAUCACUAAAGAAUUCUUUGACGAAUUUGAAAAGAGCCAAGACACAUACGAGGCACAGUACUGUUUCAAAUCCUUGAAAAUGGCUCGUGAUACUUGGUUUGACGACCAAUUCUAUUCGAGUUAUUUCAUGUGGGACUCUUUCGCAGCUGGUAUAGCAGUCUCAACCAUGAGUAAACCCAAUAACCAUAAUGGAGAAAAUGAAUUUGCUGAAAUGAAGUAUAUGAACAUAACUGUUAUAACUUCAAACAAACCUUAUGGGGCAUCUGAUGGCUCUAACCCUUUCUUUGAUGGCCGAAGAGUUCCUAAGUUCAAUCUAGAGAAAGGUGGGGUGCAUAGUGGCCAUGUUCAACAAGGACUUAGAGAUCCACUUUGCUUUGUGAAAAAUGGGAAAGGUAGAUGUCAGGAUGGUUACACAAAAGAGGUAAGUGGUCCAGACUCAGUGAGGGUACUUGUUGCCACAAAAGCAAAGCCUAACAAGGAUGUUAGGAGCAAACUUGACAGAGAAUAUUUCAUAAACUUCUUGAAUGUUAUGAAGGAUCCACAAAAUUCAGGGAGGUUCAACUUCACCACACAGUUUCCUUAUUACAAAGAAGUAACUUACAAGCCAAAUUUUAAAAAUAAAACACUGGGGAAACCUGUUGUGCUUGACAUGGACAUGAGUGCAGGAGAUUUUCUUGCUCUAUUUUACCUCCUAAAAGUGCCUGUUCAAGUAAUCGACCUUAAGGCAAUCAUCGUGAGUCCUACUGGAUGGACUAAUGCAGCAACAAUAGAUUCCAUCUAUGACUUACUGCACAUGAUGGGUCGUGACGAUAUCCCAGUUGGUCUUGGAGAUGUUUUUGCAAUAGAUCAAACAGAUCCAAUAUUUGAAGCUGUUGGAGAAUGCAAGUAUAUAAAAGCCAUUCCCCAUGGAAAUGGGGGAUUACUGGACUCUGAUACUCUUUAUGGUCUUGCUCGUGAUCUGCCACGCAGCCCACGAAGGUAUACAACUGAGAAUUCUGUGAAGUUUGGGGCUCCCCGGGAUACAGAUCACCCUGAACUCAGACAACCACUGGCCAUGGAAGUUUGGGAGUCUAUAUUACAAAAAACUAAUCCAGGGUCUAAGAUUACAGUGCUGACAAAUGGACCCUUGACUAACCUGGCAAAGGUUGUAUCGAUGAAAAACAUAAGCUCAAGAAUUCAGGAUGUAUAUGUCGUUGGUGGACACAUUAGCAGCACUGUUAAAGACAAAGGAAAUAUAUUUUCAGUUCCUUCCAACCAAUAUGCUGAGUUCAACAUGUUCUUGGAUCCUUUAGCAGCCAGGAUAGUGUUUGAAUCAGAAGUUAAUGUCACACUCAUUCCACUCAAUACCCAGCGCAAAUCAAGUUCGUUUUCAGCCUUUAUCGGCGAGUUGCGUAGGACACGAAGAACACCAGAGGCUGUGUUUUCCGAACGUCUGCUGUCACGGCUAUACCAUUUAAAGCAAUCUCAUAGCAUGUAUCAGCAUAUGGGCACGUUCUUGGGAGAAAUUCUAGGCGCAGUUGUCUUGGGUGAUAGCUAUUCAGGUCUUGAUCCAAAAUUUGAGGAGAAGCUCAUUAAAGUCUUGGCUGAUGGUAAUGAAUGGAGUGAUGGAAAAGUUGUGGUGGAUGAAAAAGAUGGAAAAUUAGUGAGAAUUUUAACGACUGUGGAUGCCAAAGCUUACUAUAAAUUGUAUGCAAACAAGCUUGGCCAUGAGGAACAGUCAGCUAAGAUAGGGAGUUUUGAGGAACAACGGAGAAGAUGGAGUCAUCCUCAGUUUAAAUUAGAGAUCAUUACUUCACUGUUUACUAAGUGAAUUUUAAACAUAACUUCAUCUCAAUAAUUAAGGUGAAAACUUAAACAAAUUUCAAUCUAGUUUUUACAUCAA